AGUACACGGACCAGAUCGCACUACACUCUACCUCUCUACUCAGUUAAAGCCAAAUUAUCAGUUGAAGGACUAGUUCAUUCCGUAGGACGAGGACAAAAUGAAACUUUUAGUCCUGCCACUCAUAGCUCUAAUUGCUUAUACAAGCAUAGCUCAGGCUGCAAAGUCUAAGCCUCAAUCAUUUUACUGUAAGCGUUUUCAAGCUAGUGUUGACAAUACGGAGCACUUUUGUGAACAGCAUUUAGUAUUUACUCAUAAAAAAUGUCAAUUUAAUUGCUCCGACAACAACUUUCUAAACAUCACUAAUUGCGAUUGGAAAUGGACUGGAAAGGACACGUACCCAUUAUGCAAAGAUCUCUACUGCGAGAAAUCCCCAACAGGCCCAAUACCUGACUUGACAUCCGAAGAAGACGAAGUAGUAUGAUACGAUUAGCAUUGGUCUGUUUUAAUUAGGUAUUCAAGAUAUGUGGGGAUUUGGGAUAGGUAGAGUUAAGUAGUUGUAAUCUUUUGAAACAAUAUAAAUAAUAAUAUUGAAAAAAGUA